AUGGCGUCUGCGUCGGUAAGUGUACGGAACAUUUUAACCCAUCUGAUUUUCAUACAUCGACGCCAAGUGUCUUUUUUUUUUUCUUUGCUCCCCCACCAUUACUAGUUUGCUUUGAAGUACAUUGGAAGAAUGCUUUUCGUCGUGUAGAAGUCAUCGUUAUCUUACUAUCGUGUCGGAGGAGAAGUUACUAUUGACAUUUGUUCGUGAAUCUUCGUGCGUAUUAGUUCGCAACUUCGUUAGUUUAAACAGGUGCAAAUCGAUAUUUGUAAUUAUGGUUUUAGAGUAUGUAUGUAGAGUCAUUUUCGCCAUGCAUCAAUCUCUUUCCAGAAAGGGAAAGAGAAUUACCAUUUUUUAUUUUCAUUAGCGUUGUAAUCAUGGUUUGACGUGUAAUGUUGUUGUUUGUCAAUAGCUAAAUUUUCUAUAAUGUGAUUUCUUAGGUUCCUUUGCUAAUGGAUGAUGAUACCAUUGCUUUUGGCGAGGAGGAUGAAACGGGUCAAGAUAAUAAUAAACUUAAGUAUAUCAAAAUUACAAUUACACUAAUAUUUAGCACAAAUAACUAGAUUUUGACACUGACAACAUAUUACUACUUUGUAGACAUCCAUACGUCACCAUGUUUCAUUUAGCCUUCAGAAUAUCAGCAAUAGUAGCCUAUAUGUUAUGUGGAUGGUUUUCAAAUAGCUUUAUAACUAGUUUCGUUGUUGUUGUAUUACUUUUGUCAAUGGAUUUUUGGACUGUUAAAAAUAUCACUGGAAGGCUAAUGGUUGGUCUUAGAUGGUGGAAUUACGUGGAUGAUAAUGGAAAAAGUCAUUGGGUAUUUGAGUCCAAAAAGGGUGUUCAACAGAAUCGUAUUAAUACCACAGAAGCUCGUAUUUUUUGGUUAGCUUUAAUUCUCUGUCCACUUUUGUGGUCAGUAUUUUUUGUAGCAGCAUUGUUUAGUUUGAAAUUUAAGUGGUUGCUGCUUGUAUGGAUUGCGAUUGUUUUAAAUGGUGCAAAUUUGUACGGAUAUGUAAAAUGUAAAAUGGGAAAUGAGAAAAAUAUUUCUGCAGCCACCAGUGACUUUUUGAGAAAACAAGUCAUACAAAACGUUGCGUCCAUGAUGACUAGGAGUCCACCCACAGGCAAUCCAAAUGAACCAACUAAUGUGAUAUAAAAUUAGAAUUUUUCUGCCAUGAUAUUAUUUAAAAAUAACGUGAGUACUAUUAUGAAAACUCAGUUUGUAUAUAAUGAUACUGACAAUUGUAUAUCCUGAUGAAAUAAUAUAAAAUAAAAUUGCUACCGAAAAUAUCGUCAAUCGAUUAUAUCUUUUUAUGUUUUGGAGUGAAGGCUUUAAUGAGAAAAGUAGCGAUGUUACGUUAGUUAUUAGUUUAUUGAUGCCACAGGGCAAUACAUAAUGUACACCUUAUUUCUCCUUGUCAACAGACUUUCUAUUACACAAUAUUUAAUUUGUAUAGGUGUUAAUUAGUAACAUUGCAUUUAUUAUAUUCACUUCAGCCUGUUGUAUUCUUUCUGGCAAGAAAGUAUCACAAAAUAAUUUCCCAUUCUUUUAACGAUAUUUAAUAUUUGACUUAUUCUUUGUUUCAUUAAUUCACAUUUAAUUCCACGGAAUCAACGACUGCAAUCGCACGACUACAAUCUUAUCCGAAUGGAUGAACUCGAGAUGAUCUCACAUACAGUGUAACGAACCCGUCGUGGUAUUGCACGGAGCGACAAUAUGGCCGAUUGUAUUUUGUUGUAUUAGGAAAGAUUGCUCCGAAAACGCGAGUUGCAUGCUUUUUAAGAAGAAGAAUACAACAAACCACAUAUUGCUAUACACUCUGGGAUAUAAAAAAAUUAUAAACACUAACAAUAGACACGCAGCUAACGUACAACAUACACGAAACUUUUGGAAUGAUACAAAAGAACGUAAUAAUAUUACAAUUCGGUAUCUUAUAAAUAUAUGAAUAUCGUGGACUUCUUUGAAUUGGUAAAUUCAUCGGAUUAUAAUUUAAUUCUACUAACUUAUAACUAGUAAUAUGUUUAUACAAUCAUUUAACUUUUUUCGUUUUCCGUAACGUAUUGUAUUUUUAGUCUGGAACUUUGAACGCGAAGUUGUCGACCGUCUUGGCGAAGCUGCACUUUGUGCAGGAUUUUAUAUUUCUUCUCUCUUUUGUUAAAUUUCUCAAUAUAUCUAUAUAUAUAUAUAUGGGUGUACGUAGUUAAAAAGGUCGAAUCCAAAGAUAACAACGAGAUCCCCAAAAUCAUCAUACCAAAGACUUUUAAAGUUUAAAGUUUAAAGUUCGCUUCUUCCACGAAUAUGAUAUGGAUCUUGUGAACAGAUUCUAUUUAAACUGAAAUCGUAUGUUUCUUUCUAAAUUUCGUUUCUUUAACUCUCUGAGAAUAGAUUUAGUCAGUUUAUCGUCCAUGGGAAUGUAUCUCUUUAUUUUCUAUGUAAGAUUUCUCAGCCUUUUUUGGUAAUACAUUCGUAACAAGUCGAUUUCUUUCUUUCUUUUUUUUUUU